AUGCAUCCAAGCACGACGCUCCCCGCCACGCUCCUCGGCCUUCUUCUUAGCUCGGCAUCGAUGGCCAGCGCGAUAUCGGAUAGAUUGACAUGUGUGCGUGAGAACGCCGGCAUAUUAGUCCAAGCAGCAGCUUGCGGGAACGAAGAUCCAGUGCGGCUGCAAGAAUGCUUCCUGUCUAUUCCGGAUAUCGUCACAACGGAGUAUCUGCAGAGCUGUUUCGUAGAAAGUGGGUGCACGAUAGCCGAAGCGACAUCAGAAGCCACGACGAUACUACAGAGCUGCGACGCAAGCGUCUCAAUCCCAGAGUUACGAAGACGUAACGCAGCACCAGCAGAAACAUCGCCAACGCCCACCCCAACACCCGCACCCGACGCCAAAAACAGCUCAUCGGGCUCCAUCACAACCAGCGGGAUAAUCGUCUCAGUCGUCCUAGCGGUCGCCGCAGUGAUUACGGCAGCAGUAGUCCUAUUCUACUACCUGCGCGAGCGGAAAGCGCGCGCCCUCGCCCGCGCACAGGCAGAAGAAGACAAGCGCAAGAGGGACGAGGCCGACGCCGAAGCCGCGCGGCGCACGUACGCGCAGGACCAAGUCCGGCGGGAGCGCGAGAGACGCCAGCAGAGGGAGGCGCUGGAAUGGGCCCAGCGGCGCGGCAGCCCGAGAUAUCCCGAGAACCCUUUCGACGACCGGAGUGCCGCUUGAGGCAGGCCAACCUAAUUCCUUCUUCGCCGAUUCAUCACGUGGUUAAUGUGGCGUUCGUUGUGCAAGUUGAGACGCAGGGACGACGCAUUCGGCUCAUUUUCAUGGCGUUUAGUCAGGUCUUAGGGCGCUUUGCUGUUUUUUUUUUGUUUUUUUUUUUGAUACCUCAUCGUCGGAGAAUAGAACUCGUUCGAUUCAUUGCAUUGGUGUUCGGGGUUUUCUGAGACUGGAUAUCGCGGCCCAUCGAGUCUUUCUUGAUCCUCAUAAUCCAAAUUUGUUCAAAAGGCUUUGGUGUUGUCGUACGACGAGAUAGACGGUAAAUAGACCAUAUCGAUAUCGAAUUCGAU